AUGCGAGUCAAGAUCCACUCUCACAGGCACAGCAAACUAAUCCUCCUCUCCGGCCAACUCCAUGAAUUCGCUUUGCUGCCGCAGGAUUCCGAUUGCUUCAUAUGUAGCUCCGACGAGAUGGAAUUCGGCGAGUUCCCGGCGGCGAUGGGCGGCGACGAGGCGGAGGACAUGGCGGCGCUGGCCUUGAAGGCGAGCUUAGCUCUGGCAACUAAUGAUGAUGAUCGGAUUAUUAGAUACUGCUGUUGUUGCUGGUCCAAGCUGGCUCAGCCGGCGGCGUUGUUUUGUGAGAAGGAGAUGCCGCUCCUUGGUGGCGAUGGGGGCGGCGCCGGCCAACGCAAGUUUGUUGCCAAGCUUAGUGCAAUAGUUGAAGAUUGA